AUGGACGACGUGAUCACCGGGUCGGACACCUUGCAGCACGCGGUCGCUCUGCAGACGGAGCUCCGAGAGCUCUGCACGGCGGGCGGGUUUCCGCUGCGGAAAUGGGCCGCCAAUAGCGAGGCCAUCCUUGAGGGUAUUCCUCCCGAUCAUCGACUCAAACAGGCUCACCAUUCCUGGGAGAGCGAGGUACACUCCACCUUAGGCCUGCGUUGGCAUCCGGCCAGCGACGACUUCUCCUUCGCCAUCCAGCCUCGAAGCACUGGCGAAUUCACUAAGAGGCGAAUCCUGGCGGAAACGGCACGGCUAUUCGACCCCUUGGGAUGGCUCGCUCCUGUGAUCAUCCGCGCCAAGAUCUUAAUCCAGUCAGCAUGGUUGAAAAGGCUGGAAUGGGACUCUCCGCUCCCAGCGGAGGACGCUCAGUUUUGGCAGCGCCUCCUCUCCGAGCUCCAUUUGCUGGAGCGCCUCCGAAUAAGGCGCUGGCUGGGUGUCAUUCAACAGGAUCCGACGGUCGAGAUCCACGGCUUCGCCGACGCGUCUGAGCGUGGAUACGCGGCCGUCGUCUACCUUCGAGUGUCCAGUACGGAAGAAACGUCCAUCCACUUACUGGCCGCAAAAAGCAAGGUCGCGCCGAUUAAGCCCGUGACGCUCCCACGGCUGGAACUCUGCGCUGCCUCCUUGCUGACCAAUCUCGUUCACCACCUCCGGUCAUCACUGGAGGUGUCGGCGCCAGUAUAUCUCUGGAGCGGCUCCCCGAAGCGCAGUGGCGACACGUCCCGGGUCAAGAGAAUCCUGCCGAUUGUGCUUCCAGAGGGAUCGCUCCGAGGGAUCUGCUGA